CUCCCGCGCCGGGCCCGCCCCACCGCACAUCGUCCCGCGCCGCCCCUCGUCCCGGUGCCGGUGCUGAGUCACGGCCGGCUCGCCGCUGUCCGGGGCCGUAGGUGUCGCGGAGAGCCCUCCGGCCACCGCCUGAGCAGCGCCAUGGGGACGGAGGGCGCCCGCGUCCUGCUGGAACGCGCCGGCAGGCUCACCCUGCAGACCGGCAACCUGCUCAACUGGGGCUGCCUGCGCAAGAAGUGCCCGGCCACCCCCAGCGAGGAGGUGCGGGACUGCAUCCAGAAAACAGUGACUGAGUGGAGCUCGAAGAUCGGCCAAGACCAAAAUCAGGAAACACUGGAGGUUCUGGAAUGUACUGUAGCUCAAGCUCUAGAAAAAAUAAAUCCUGAAGAAAGGGAUGAGUUGAAGGUAUCAGCAAAGCUUUUCAUCGUUGGAUCAAACUCUUCAUCGAUCAGAGAUGCAGUUGACCUGGCAUGUUCUGCCCUCGGAGUUGCUCAAUUAGACUCAGUCAUUAUUGCCCCACCUCCUGUCGAAGAUGGAACUAACCUCUCCUUGGAAUAUUUGCAACCUUAUUGGAAAGAACUUGAAAAUCUAGUUCAAAACAAAAAAAUUGUUGCCAUAGGUACCUCCGACCUAGAUAAAACACUGUUAGAGCAGCUUUAUCUGUGGGCACAGGUGAAACCAAGUAGUAAUCAGGUGAACCUAGCUUCCUGUUGCGUGAUGCCACCUGAUCUCACAGCAUUUGCAAAAGAAUGUGACAUACAGCUGUUAACUCACAAUGACCCCAAAGAAUUACUUUGUGAAGCAAGUUUCCAAGAAGCUCUCCAGGAAAGCAUCCAGAACGUGAAAGCAAACGAAUGGAUUCCUUUAUGGCUUCUGCGGUAUUCAGUCAUUGUUAAAAGCAGAGGAAUUAUCAAGUCCAAAGGCUAUAUCAUACAAGCUAAAAGAAAUGCAUCUUAAAACCCUUUUUUUUUUUUUUUGUUGUUUGUAAAGGUUGUUUAAAUUUCUUUGGGAGGGGGGAACAUUGCAUUUUUCAUAGAAAGAUUUUUAUAGCAUUUAUAAUGAAUUACCAAAAGUUGUAAUUAUUCAGUGUGGUGUCAGUAGGCAUGUCUGUAGUGUUUUAACACUAUUUUUCUUUCUUAACUAUUGGUGAGUUCAUUCAAAAUAUGAAAUAUUUUGGGGCAUUUUUUAUUGAAGUUAUCUAUAGGCUAACAGCUUAAAAUAAGUUUCUUUUGAUGACCAGUUCACUGUAAAAGUUAUUAUAUUUUAGCUGCCAUUAGGUAGCAAGGAGAAACAUAUAUUUUUGUUUUUUAAAAAACAAAUUUCUCUUAAAUCAUACUUACCUGGUGAGUACACAUUUCAAGCAUUCAAGGACUAGCUUUUCUAGAAAGUUGGCAUCUUUUAUGAAACAAUACCCCCCAAAAAUUAAGCUGGUAACUCAUGACUUGAUAUGUAUAUAUAGGCACGUCAUCUGUUUAAUUUCUGGGGGUGGGAAAAUUGGUUUAUUUUUAAUAGAGUGGAAAAGACCUCUAUGAUUUAGAAGAAAAUGCAUUUUCCAAAUUAAUUUCUGACUGUUACUUGAAUUCCUUCUGGCUUCUUUGUGCCUCAAUACGCUUCAUUUAGUGUUUUAACAAUUGUGAUGGCAUUUUUACUGUUUGAAAUAGAAAAUGUAUUAAUAGUGAAUGUUUAAAAUAAGAUUUGAAAACAAGCAAUGAAGAAAUCUGUUAAUCAAAAACUGAAUUGUGCCUGUCUCCUCAACUGUGGCUUGUUUAUUUGAUACUUGUGAAUUACGCAAGCAAUUAGCCAAGUAGAAUAGUAAAUAUUCUAUUAGAAUAUUUCUAAUACUAUUAGAAUAGUAGAAUAGUAAAUGGUGAUGCUGUUCACUAAAAUUAAUUACUUCUUUUGUUGUUGCCUGGGAAACCUGUUGCUUGAGUGCCACUCAGGAAAGAUGAAGCAAGGCUUAGCUUGAAGUUGGGUAUCUUCCUGAUUGGCAGCAGCUUAGUGCACUGGCUUUGUAAUCCCAGAGAGAUUGCUGCAGCUAAGGCAAGGCUUUUGGUUUAAUAUAGUCUUUCUAUCCAAAAGGCUUUUUACUUUCUUUGACCUUUAAAGCAGAGUAGAUAGCUAAAGUUCAACUUGUAGUUCAGCAGGAACUUUGAUAUCAAAUGUCUAAAAUAGUAAAUUACAUUUUGAUUUCAGAUGGGGCAUGGCCUCAUACUGGUAGUUGUCAUUAACUUUGUUGUAUAUAUUUUGAGAUUUGGACUGUAAGGGAAUAAAUUUUCACCAACAUCUUUCAAAUUUUUCUACAAGCAGCAAGUGGAAUUUGAAUGCCUGUAGGUAGAGUCUGGAGUGUCAGCUUCCUAUAAUCCAUUCCGCUAAGUUUAAUGAUGAACGUUUUUUAAGGUACCUUAGUCCUCAAAGAUUGUAUUUGUAGUGGCGAAUAGCAGGAAAUUUUCUUGGCUUCUUCAGUUCUUUUGAUAAAUGAGAGAAACGGGGAAUUAAAACUAGUAAUACAUCAAUAAAAGUUUGGAUUUUUUUCUCUUAAUAAAAAUGUAGUGGUUUCUUUUUAAUGUUUUAAUGGGCCACUGUGUAUCAGAGUUCAAAAUUACAUGAGUUUAAUUUUAAACUUCCCUACUAGCUCUGUGUUGUGUGCUUAUCAUUUAACCACUACUUGUAAGCUCUGCAUGUAUUUGGCUGAUUCUGUAUCAUAUUAGACUUGUGUGUAUGCUCAAUUUUUUAUAUUGAAAUGCUACAAAACAGGAACUGUGCGAAACCAAUGUAAGGGCUGCUGUAAUGGAUAAUGAUUUAUUUCCUUUCUGUUAACUGCUAAUAGUUUGCCUGCUGCAGAAAAGUACCUUGUAAGACGUGGUAUUCUAGAGUCACCAAUAGCAGAACUCUAUAUCCAGUUACCACAUUAUGUCAUUCGUUUGGUUUGUAACUAGGUGGGUGAGAGGGUAUUUCCUUCCACGAGAAACCUAAAAGUUUAACUAAAAAUUUGGAAUUCCCGUAGA